AUGAAUAAUCUCGAGUCUAAUGCUACGUUGAAAUCGUCUAAGUUUGAAGUUGAUUCAAUUGAGUAUAAUGACUUCAGUAAUAUAUACGGGAUAGUUGAAUGUACUCGAGAUUUAUCAAGAGAUUCUUGUACAUCUUUCUUGCAAGAUAUGAUUAGUAGAAUUCCUGGUUAUCUUAAUGGAUUAAGAGGAGGACAUAUAUAUACUCAAAGUUGUUUUCUCAGAUAUUAUGAUCAUUUAUUCUACGAACUAGUACCACCACCACCACCAUCAGGUCCAUCACCGUCUGAUUUUGGAAAAGUGACAGAUCCGUUGCCUGGGCCGAAACCGUCACCCAAUACUGUUGCAGUUGCUGUUCCUGUGGUUGUUGGAGUUUUGUUGAUAUUAGUAGUGUGUUUUUACUUCUCAAGGAGAAAGAGAAGGGUGACAAAUAAAUUUGAUAUUCCGGCUUCCACGGAUCCAAUCGAAAAUCAAGACUCUUUGCAGUUCGACUUGGUUACAAUUAGAAAUGCUACAGAUGAGUUCUCUGAUGCUAACAAGCUUGGCGAGGGUGGUUUUGGUGUAGUCUACAAGGGUAGGCUUCAAAAUGGGCAAGAAAUAGCGGUGAAGCGUCUCUCUGUGAAUUCAGGACAAGGUUUGCAGGAAUUCAAGAAUGAGGUGGUUUUGCUAAAUAAGCUUCAACAUAGAAAUCUUGUCAGACUUUUGGGUUUUUGUUUCCAAGGACAUGAGCAGAUACUCAUCUACGAACAUGUAUCCAAUGGAAGUCUCGACAAGUAUCUAUUUGUUACCGAAAGAAAAGUUCUUUUGGAUUGGGAAAAGCGCUACAAAAUCAUAGGAGGGAUUGCCAGGGGACUUCUAUAUCUUCACGAAGAUUUUCGGCUUAGAAUUAUUCACAGAGAUCUCAAAGCAGGUAAUAUUUUGUUAGCCGAGGAAAUGGAAGCGAAAAUUGCAGACUUUGGCAUGGCUAAGCUUUUCGAAAUCGAUCAAACACAGGGUAACACAAGUAGAAUUGCCGGAACAUAUGGUUACAUGGCCCCAGAAUAUGUAUUGCAUGGACUAUUUUCUGUGAAGUCAGAUGUUUAUAGUUUUGGGGUUUUGCUCUUGGAAAUCGUAAGCGGACGAAAUAUUUCCAGUUUCUAUGAGUCAGCUUCAUCACCAGACCUUCUAAGCUAUGUAAGCAUGGAAAAUUGGAGAGAAGGCACAGCUUUGGAGCUGAUGGAUCCAAUUUUAUCCCAAAUGUUUUCGCGAAAUGAAGUGAUUAGAAGUAUACACAUUGGAUUAUUAUGUGUGCAAGAUAAUAUCGAAGAUAGGCCCACCAUGUCUUCAGUUGUUUUGAUGCUCAGUAGCUACUCAAUCACUCUAGCAUCUCCUUCACAGCCUGCAUAUUUUGCAGGAAGCGUAAUUGGGUUGAAUAUGCCCAACUCUUUAGAACAAUCUAAGAGCAGCUCAAAACCAUAUUCUGUAAACGACAUUUCUUGUGAUCCGGUUAAAUUAAGCAAGGCUCAAAGAUAUUUGGAAUACAAAUUUGGUACUCUAUUUCUAUUUGAUAUGGCAAAAGGAAUUUUAAGCCCCACUGCUAUGGGAAUAACUUUUCCAGAUUCUAAGCAAGAGUUUAUGGAGAUGAUUGUCCAUGGAAUUCAACUUCAUGUUGAUGUUCUAAGAAACCAAAAUGGUGAAGGGGAAGAGGCGGAUUCUCGUGGUAUUUCUAUUCCAGCAACCGUUUCUCCUAAUCUUGUGCAUGAGUCUCAUGGAUUGGAUCAAUUGGAAGAAGAGGCAAAUUCCUCUUCUUCGGAUCCGUCAAUUCCACCUGGAUUCGAAACAUAUAAUCGUUUCCAAGGGAUUGAAGAAGAUCAGGAGGUUGCUUCAAAAAUCUCCGACAUCAACACCACCAAACCAGCAUUGUCUGAGCCAUUUCAAGAAGCCAACACUAGGGUGCACAGAAAAAAGAAAUGCUCUUCGAACCCCCUUACUAGUCCUAGUAAGAUCUCAGCGGGUAAUCUCAUGGAGUUUGGUUCUAUAAUGGGCUAA